AUGGUGGAGUUAUCUGAUUAUCAACGUCAAGAAAAAAUUGGAGAAGGUACUUAUGGUGUUGUUUAUAAAGCAUUGGACACGAAACAUAAUAAUAGAGUUGUUGCGAUUAAGAAGAUCAGGUUGGAAUCAGAAGAUGAAGGAGUCCCAUCUACCGCUAUCAGAGAGAUUUCUUUACUUAAGGAAAUGAGAGAUGAUAAUAUUGUUAGGUUGUACGACAUAAUACAUUCGGAUUCUCAUAAGUUAUAUCUUGUUUUUGAAUUUUUAGAUCUUGAUUUAAAAAAAUACAUGGAGUCGAUACCACAAGGUGUUGGACUAGGUGCUAGCAUGGUUAAAAGGUUUUUGGUACAAUUAGUGAAAGGAAUUAAGCAUUGUCAUGCCCAUAGGGUUAUUCAUAGAGAUUUGAAACCGCAAAAUUUAUUGAUUGAUAAAGAAGGUAAUUUGAAAUUGGCUGAUUUCGGGUUAGCAAGAGCUUUCGGUGUUCCUUUGAGAGCUUAUACGCAUGAGGUUGUGACUCUUUGGUACAGGGCUCCAGAGAUCUUAUUAGGUGGUAAGCAAUACUCGACUGGUGUUGAUAUGUGGUCUGUCGGUUGUAUAUUUGCAGAGAUGUGUAACAGAAAGCCAUUGUUUCCAGGCGAUUCUGAAAUUGAUGAAAUAUUCAGAAUCUUUAGAACAUUAGGUACUCCAACAGAAGAAACAUGGCCGGACGUGUCUUACUUACCAGAUUUUAAGCCAACGUUUCCUAAAUGGUCCAAAAAGAAACUUUCUGAUGUUGUGCCUUCUCUCGACGACAAUGGGCUUGAUUUAUUGGAUCAAAUGUUGGUAUAUGAUCCAAGUGGACGGAUAAGUGCAAAGAGAGCGCUUAUUCAUCCAUAUUUUCAAGAUGAUAGUGAUGGGAUCGACGCUCACCAUAGAUCGAUUAAUAUGGGCUAA